AUGCGUUUCUCGACUACCCAGAUUGUCACCCUCGCUUCUACCUUGUUCAGCGUUGCGAACGCUUCAGCAACUCUUGGCUCGCGUUCCACAGGGAGUGUUGUGCUGAAGUGCACGGAACCCAACACAGUUGCAAUCACUUUUGAUGAUGGCCCCUACUACUGGACCACUAACUUGGUUGAUUUACUUGACCAAAAUGGUGCUAAAGGAACGUUCUUCGUGAAUGGCAACAACUACGGUUGCAUCUACAGCGAGGAGAACGUCAAGCGUAUUCAGUACCUGUAUGAACGCGGUCACCAGAUCGCCUCCCAUACUUGGGCACACGAACAUUUGCCACAGCUCACUGGCGACGAUCUGAACCUGCAGUUCAACAAGACAAAUGAGGCGAUCAAGAAAAUCACUGGCUGCGAUGCUGCUUUCAUGCGCCCACCGUACGGUGAAUAUAACGACGAAGUCGUCGAGAAGGCUGCUGCUAAUGGCCAAACUGUGGUCAUCUGGGACUUUGACUCCGCUGACUCUAUCGGAGCUACCCCGGAACAAUCAAAGCAACAUUACGACAAUAUUCUUGAUCAGCACCCCAGUAGUAUCAUGACCCUGAACCACGAGACUAUCGAAACUACCCCGAACCAAGUUAUCCCCUACGCUAUCCAAAAGAUUAAGCAGAAGGGGUACAAGAUGGUCACAGUUGCCGAGUGCUUGGGACUUCCAGCAUGCAACAGCCAAACGAGCCCGGCCGCCCGCGACUGGAGCUGGACUUGCUAA